GUGGUGCAGUUCAAGCAGCAAUCCCGGCUGGAGGAGAAGCGCAAGAAGGCCCUGGACCUGCAGCUGGAUUUCAUCGUGGGCCAGACCGAGCGCUACUCGGACCUGCUGAGCCGCAGCCUCAACGCGCCCCGGCCGCGCCCCGACGCCCUCGGCUGCCCAGCCUCGGCCCCGAGCCCCCCCCGGCCCCUCGGGGACCUCCUGGGCUCCCUCCCCCCACAGGUUCUGAGGCGGGGCCGGGACCCUCCCCCGCCCUGGGGCCCCCGUGAGGAGGACGAGGAGUUCGAGGCUGAGGAGGAGGAAGGUGAGGAUGAGGAGGACACGAUCGCGGCCCAGGAGCGCCUGGAGGGCGACGUCGAUCACCAGCAGGAGCUGGACGACCUGGCCAGGGAGGGUGCGCUGCCCAUGGAGGAGCUGCUCCAGCGUUACCGCGGCGCCUUCGCCGACUCCGACUGCGACUCCGCCCCCGGCGCCAGCAGCACCCGCUCAGACUCACCUGGCAGCGACGAUGACGAUGACGAUGAUGAUGACGAUGAUGACGAUGACGACGAUGAUGACGAAGCCGACGACGAGGAGGAGGAGGAGGAGGGGGAGGGGCAGGAGGGCGGGGCCGGGGCUCCAGGUGAGCCGGGCGGGGCCGGGGGCGUGGCCGCCCCGCCCGCACCUGCCCAGGUGAGCCCGGCGGCCGCGGCUCCCGAGGCGCCCGCAGGCCCCGCCCCCAAGAAGGAGAUCAGCGACAUCGCGGCGGCGGCGGAGAGCCUGCAGCCCAAAGGGUACACGCUGGCCACCACACAGGUGAAGACGCCGAUCCCGCACCUGCUGCGGGGCACGCUGCGCGAGUACCAGCACAUCGGGCUGGACUGGCUGGUGACCAUGUACGAGAAAAAACUGAACGGGAUCCUGGCCGACGAGAUGGGGCUGGGAAAAACCAUACAGACCAUAUCGCUGCUCGCUCACCUGGCCUGCGAGAAAGGUAGCUGGGGCCCUCACCUGAUCAUCGUGCCCACCUCGGUGAUGCUCAACUGGGAGAUGGAGCUCAAGCGCUGGUGCCCCAGCUUCAAAAUCCUCACCUACUACGGGGCGCAGAAAGAGCGGCGCCUCAAGAGACAGGGCUGGACCAAGCCCAACGCCUUCCACGUGUGCAUCACCUCGUACAAGCUGGUGCUGCAGGACCACCAGGCGUUCCGCAGGAAGAACUGGAAAUACCUGAUCCUGGACGAGGCGCAGAACAUCAAAAACUUCAAAUCCCAGCGCUGGCAGUCCCUGCUCAACUUCAACAGCCAGCGCCGGCUGUUGCUGACGGGCACGCCGCUGCAGAACUCGCUGAUGGAGCUCUGGUCCCUCAUGCAUUUCCUCAUGCCCAGCGUGUUCCAGUCCCACCGCGAGUUCCGAGAGUGGUUCCACAACCCCCUGACGGGCAUGAUCGAGGGCAGCCAGGAGUACAACGAGAGCCUCGUGAAACGCCUGCAUAAGGUGCUCCGCCCGUUCCUGCUGCGGCGCCUCAAGGUGGACGUGGAGAAGCAAAUGCCCAAGAAGUACGAGCACGUGCUCAGGUGCCGCCUGUCCAAGCGCCAGAGGUUCCUCUACGACGACUUCAUGGGCCAGGCCAGCACCAAGGCCACGCUGGCCAGCGGGCACUUCAUGAGCGUCAUCAACGUGCUGAUGCAGCUGCGCAAGGUGUGCAACCACCCCGACCUGUUCGAGCCACGCCCCGUGACGUCACCGCUGGUCACGCCCGGCCUCAGCCUCGGCGCCCCCGCCCUGGUGCUGCGCGCCCUGGAGCCACACCCCUUCCAGCAGGUGGACCUGUCCCCGUUCGAGCUGGUGUCCCUGGAGUCUCACCUGUCCCGCUACGCCGCCGAUUGGUUCCUGCCGCGCUUCCGGGUCACGCGGCGCCUGCUGGAGGACGUGGCCGCCGCCCCCGAGCCCCCGCCACGCCCCAAACCCGUGCGGAUGAAGGUGAACAGGAUGCUGCAGCCGGUGCCGAAGGCGGAGCCUCGGGCGGUUCUGCUCCUCCCCGCCCCUCGCCCCGCCCCCCGGGGGCGUGGCCUCGCCGAGCCCCGCCCCUGCAUCGCCGAGUCCCGCCCCCUCCGCGCCCAGCCCCGCCCCUUUGCUGGUGCAAGCUCCGCCUCUCGUCACCCUCAGCCACGCCCCCAGCGCCGGCCCCGCCCCCUUGGUGACGACGCAAGGGGCGGGGCUGAACCUGGGGCUGGGAUUGGCGCUGGCCCCGCCCCGGGCCACGCCCACGCUGCUGGCUCCGCCCCCCGGAGGGCCCGCGCAUGCUCUCCCGGCUGCGUCCUUGGCCACGCCCACCCCUACAGGAGGCCCCGCCCCCGUGGCCACGCCCACUCCGAAUAUGGGCAAAGGGGCGGGGCCGGCCCCGCCCCCUCCCGUGGGGGGCGUGGCCACGUUCGCGCUGCCCCAGCGGCUCCUGCUGGCCCCGGACAUGCAGGCCCGGCUGCCCUGUAA